AUGGCGCAGGCAGUUCUGGACCAUACCAUGGCGAGCGCCAUGACAUUCUCACUUCCCGGAUUGCCUUCUUACGUUGCAAGUCCCGGUUUUCCGACUGGGGCAUUUGAAUCAUACUAUGAGGCACCCGCACUUCCGACUCGGGAGCCCCAGCCGAUCAUCUACGACCCGGUUCUGGACUUCACAUUCCCCCUUGAGCUGACGGAUCCAGAUAAUAUACCCGAGAGCUCAGACGAAGUGCUGUUUCCUGUAGCACGGGGUAACUUGCAACCUCAUGAGAAACAUUCCUUGAUUGAGAGCCUGAUUGUGAAUGUCACCGAGAUCAUCAAGUCCCAGGAGACUGAAUCAAGCUGCUCCCGAUGUCAAAGGGCACUCGUCGCUGCCAAGCCUGCAGCUCAGUACGCUCCGAUGCUCGUGCCAGAGGGACUGAUCAGUAUCUGCAAGGCGUUCGGUUAUCAAUCCGACGCCGCUUGUGAAAAAAAUUUUGCAUCCCGGGCGUUCGGUGCAAUCUGGACACAGGUCCUGGCCUUUGCAGAUCUCGGGGGUCUCGAUGGGCAGUAUAUCUGUCACCACCUCCGGAGCGACUUUUGUGCCCAGCCGGUGACUCGGGAUUUGAAUGUUUCAAGCCUAUUCCCAAAGGCAAAGCCAGGGAAUGUCCAGGUCCCCGGGGCCAGUGGAGAGCGAGUCAAAGUGCUCCAUAUAUCUGACUUUCAUCUUGAUGCACGAUAUGCAGUCAACGCGGAAGCCAAUUGUACAAGUGGAUUGUGCUGUCGUUCAGACAACCACCAUCUAGACCAGGAGAAUAGUGUUUUCCUUCCAGCGUCGGCAUAUGGUGCUUUCAAGUGCGAUACCCCUUAUGACUUGGCUCUAUCUGCCCUUCAGGCGGUAGGGCCAUUGACCGGCACUGGCCGCGGCCAGGGGGAAACUUCCCUGGCGUGGACUCUCUAUACGGGUGACCUGGUUUCUCAUGAUCGAGAAUCUCAAAUGUCACACGAAUAUGUUGAAUACACCGAGACGAGCAUCUUCCAUAUGUUUAAAAAGUACCUCACCGGCCCCGUGUUUGCGGCACUAGGGAAUCAUGACUCUAGCCCCGAGAACAUUGACGCCCCGCACAGUCUUCCAGGGCGUCUGGGGCAACAGUCGUCAUGGAACUAUCAACACCUCGCCGGCUUAUGGCAACAUGAAGGUUGGAUCAGUAACAAAACAGCGGAAGAAGCACGAACUCACUAUGGCGGCUACUCGGUCAAAACUCAUUUCGGACUGCGCAUCAUCUCGUUCAAUACAGACUUCUGGUACCGCUCCAACUUGCUGAAUAUGAUCAACACGACCAACCCUGAUAAUUCUGGGAUUUUCUCAUGGAUGAUCGAGGAGCUCCAGACCGCUGAGGACCGUGCAGAAAGGGUCUGGCUUGUCGGACACGUCCCUAGUGGCUGGGAUGGAAGCAAUCCGAUUCCAGAUCCCACGAAUCUCUUCUACCAAAUCGUGGACCGAUACUCGCCGCAUGUCAUUGCCAACAUUUUCUUCGGUCACAACCACGAGGAUCAAUUCAUGAUUUACUACGCCCAUAAUGGCACCACUCAAAAUGAGCACACGGCACUUAUGACUGGGUGGAUCGGCCCGAGCGUCACACCAUUAACCAACAUGAACAGUGGAUUUCGGCUGUACGAGGUGGACACCGGAGAUUUCAAUAUUUAUGAGGCAUAUACUUUCUAUAGCAAUGUUUCUGAAUAUUCGAGCCUUCGCGAGACAGGACCCACCUAUCACUAUGAAUACUCUACCCGCGAAACGUAUGGCCCCGCCGCCGGCUGGGAUGGAGAUGCUCCACUCAACGCGACUUUCUGGCACCGUGUAACUGAGGCCAUGGAGAGGAAUAUCAGUCUCGUCACACUUCAGAAUCAUCUCCAGGGCCGCAUGAGCGUCAAGUCCCCCGUUUGCGAUACGCCAGCUUGCCAACGGGCCAAGAUUUGUUAUAUGCGCAGCGGAAGCGUCACGCUAGGUCGUCAGUGCCCACAGGGGUAUGGUUCCGUGCAGAGUCCGUUUUCGCCCGAGUGA